ACCCAGUGGCGAUAUGGAAAUUUUCACUAGAAGGUGCAUAGUAAGGAAUGCAUACAUUGAUAUGUACAGAAAGAUACGAAUGUAAAUGCUGCGGGCGGGGGUAAGCUAUGCUUCACUAUUUGUACGAAGUGGAAAUGAGUAGCCGCUUUGAAGGAUGUGUUUAGCAGGAAAUGCGUAAGGUUAAAAAGGUCACUCGCCUAGCGCCACCUAUUUAACUGCGAUAAGUCAAGUUGAACUCGCCCAGUGCACGCGCAAGUUAACAUCAGGUUACCAUCGACGUAAUAUCUAAGCUUCCGCCUAGAGAAUGUCAUCAACUUCGACGGCCAGUGGCAGCGAAGCAGGCAGUGGCAGUUCAACCGCCACCGCACCGAAUCCAAACAACAGCAUGAACGCUAGCAGCGGUCGCGGCCGCAACAGCAACUCUGCUGGUGCUAACUCUAAUAAUUCAGGUGCCGGUAGCUCUAAUUCCAAUUCUAACAAUUCGGUAAAUGCUGUUGCAUCAGCUGCUGCAGGUGCCGGCACUGCAGGUGAAGAGACUCGUAAAGAUCCAAAACCAAAUCCAAAAAUCUCCAAAGCAUUGGGUACCUCAGCUAAGCGCAUACAAAAGGAAUUGGCCGAAAUAACACUUGAUCCACCACCAAAUUGCAGUGCUGGCCCUAAAGGUGAUAAUCUGUAUGAAUGGGUCUCUACAAUAUUGGGACCACCUGGCUCAGUGUACGAGGGAGGUGUCUUCUUUUUAGAUAUACAUUUUUCACCGGAGUAUCCCUUCAAACCGCCAAAGGUUACAUUUCGUACGCGUAUCUAUCACUGCAAUAUAAAUAGUCAGGGUGUAAUUUGCUUGGAUAUUCUCAAGGAUAAUUGGUCACCAGCGUUGACCAUUUCAAAAGUGUUGCUGUCAAUUUGUUCCCUGCUAACUGAUUGCAAUCCUGCGGACCCUCUGGUGGGCAGCAUCGCCACUCAAUAUUUGCAAAAUCGUGAGGAACACGAUAGAAUCGCACGACUUUGGACAAAAAGAUAUGCAACAUGAUUUCCUAAUCUUGUAAGUCCCGUCAUUAAAAUAAAACUAUGUAACAUCAGCAGCAACACAAGUAAUAAAACAAAAACUGAAAAACAUUUGAAACGAAUAAUUGCAAACAUCAUCCUGCAAGAGAAUGAUAAUGGUAAAAAUUAUAAUUUUAAAAGGAAAUUAUCUCUCCUAACUAUGUAUAACACUAUAUAAUAUAUAUUAGUAAUUAAUUAUAAAAAAUAAUACCUUAUAUAACAAAACACAAAAAACAUAUGUAAUAAUUAAGCGAUGUUGAGUAGGAGCAAGGGACUAGAAGCUUACAUGUCAUUGGCUUUUCUUAUUAUGAUCUAUUUUGUUUUUUAUAAAAAACCAGACAAAGUAAGCAUGACACUGGCAUAUUUAAAGAAAUGGAAAAUCGCUGUAUGUAUUUAGAAAAUAGAACUACGUAUAAUUUGUGUUUUCUUUUUGUAAUGAGAUAAAAAAAUUAAGCUAACAAACAUGCAAACAUACAUACAAAACUUAUUGCAAACUUACUAAAUAAGUAAUAAACCAAACCGCUGAUGGUAUAUCAAGAUAGAAACAAAACUAUACAAGACGAACUGCAUACAAACAGUUAUUGAAACAAAAUUGCAAAAAAAAAAUAUUCAACACAAAAAAAAAUAUUAAGAUAACGUAAGAGCUGAUAAAUCUGUUUGAUUAAAUGUAUUCUAGCUACGGAACUGAGAAGCAGGCGACAAGUUCUUGUCUUUAAAUUGUAAACAUAAUUGUGAGCCUCAAAUAAAAACUACGAUAAAAAUACAAAACUAA